AGGGACGCUGUCGCGAGACCAAGAAGAUCGCGGGGUUCUUUCUCCAUGUGCGAAGAUGGCUCUGUACAACUUCAAGAAGAUUAUGGUGGUGCCCACCGCUAAGGACUUUAUAGAUCUCACACUGUCAAAGACACAAAGGAAAACUCCAACAGUUAUUCACAAGCAUUAUCAAAUCCAUCGAAUACGACAUUUUUAUAUGAGAAAAGUGAAAUACACCCAACAGAAUUACCAUGACAGACUCACGCAGAUUUUGGCUGAUUUCCCAAAGUUAGAUGAUAUUCAUCCAUUUUAUGCUGAUCUUAUGAAUGUCCUGUAUGAUAAGGAUCAUUAUAAGCUGGCUUUAGGACAAAUAAAUAUUGCAAAGAACCUUAUUGACAAUGUUGCUAAAGAUUAUGUUCGAUUAAUGAAGUAUGGAGAUUCACUUUACCGAUGCAAACAAUUAAAACGUGCAGCUUUGGGGCGAAUGUGCACCAUCAUUAAACGUCAGAAACAAAGUUUAGAAUAUCUUGAACAAGUCCGUCAGCAUCUUUCACGUUUACCAAGUAUUGACCCAAAUACAAGAACUCUCAUUCUCUGUGGUUAUCCCAAUGUUGGAAAGUCCAGCUUCAUAAAUAAGGUAACAAGAGCAGAUGUUGAAGUUCAACCAUAUGCCUUUACAACAAAAUCUUUGUUUGUUGGUCACAUGGAUUACAAGUAUCUGCGCUGGCAGGUAGUGGACACACCAGGAAUUUUGGACCAUCCUCUGGAGGAGCGAAAUACAAUAGAAAUGCAGGCCAUUACAGCCCUGGCUCACUUACGUGCAGCAGUUCUCUACAUAAUGGAUGUCUCAGAACAGUGUGGCCAUAGUCUGGAAGAACAGAUGGAACUCUUCAAAAACAUUAGGCCCUUGUUUGCCAACAAGCCAUUAAUUAUUGUGGCCAACAAAUGUGAUGUGAAGCGUAUUGAGGAACUUUCAGAAGAAAAUCAGAAAUUAUUCAAGGAUUUUGAGGAGGAGGGAAUUUCUGUAAUUGAAACCAGCACUUUAACUGAAGAAGGUGUUAUGAAAGUCAAAACAGAGGCUUGUGAUAAAUUGCUAUCCUAUCGUGUUGAGACUAAAAUGAAAGGGAGAAAGGUGAAUGAUGUAUUGAAUAGACUCCAUUUGGCAGUUCCAUCUAAAAGAGAUAACAAGGAAAGACCACCUUUCAUUCCAGAAGGUGCUUUGUUGCGUAGGAAAGCAAUGGAAGUGGACAUUCCAAAACGCAAGCUUGAGAGAGAUAUAGAGCUGGAACUGGGUGAUGACUAUGUUUUAGACCUUCAAAAAUAUUGGGAUCUGAUGAAUGAGAAUGAAAAAUAUGAUAAGAUUCCUGAAAUCUGGGAAGGCCAUAAUAUUUCAGAUUACAUUGACCCUGACAUCAUGAAGAAACUGGAAGAACUAGAGCAAGAAGAAGACUUAAGAGAGAAGGCUGGAGAGUACGAAUCGGACACUGAAAGUGAAGAUGAAGAAAUGCAGGAGAUCAGAGAGCUGGCAAGGAAAAUUAGACAGAAAAAGAAACUGAGAAUCCUGGAAUCAAAGGAGAAAGAUGUGCACGGACCAAGAAUGCCACGGACUGUCAAAAAGGUUGAGAAGAAGACGCUUGAAAAAGAAAUGAGUGGCCUUGGCAUUGACAUGGAAGACAAGAGUAAUAGCCAUUAUGCAGUUCAGGCACGCCGAUCGAGAAGUGUGACCAGAAAACGUAAGCGAGAAGCUUCAGAAGCACCAGCCUCCAGGACUCGCAGUUCCUCCAGACCCCCUCGUGAUGUUUCUGGUGUGCGCGAUGCCAAGAUGCUGAAAAAGGUCAAACAAAUGAUGAAGAACUCACAGAGAGACAUGAAUCGAAUGGGCAAAAAAGGGGAGGCAGACAGACACGUAUUCGACCUCAAACCCAAGCAUCUGCUGGCAGGAAAGAGGAAAUCAGGAACCACAGACCGAAGAUAAGAGGAAACAACCUAAAAAAACCUUUUUAUUUUGGACUGUUGUAUAUAUUGAACGGGAAACUUCUCAUUAAUUUAACAGACACAAACUGUGCCUUUUUGUCCACACUUUAUGAUGAAUUUACAUUCUACCAAUCCCGUCAGAUAGCUGAGUACCCAGAUAUUUGCAGCGGAACAGCUGUGGGUAUGUGGCAUGCCAGCACGUUUACCACACUGCAUUCUCAUACAGGGCGAGUACGCGUCCAUCAGGCCAUCGAAUCUCUAAUGUCUAGUUAAUGUGAUUACUAUAGUGGCCAGCUGACUGGGUAUAAGAACACAUACAUACAUACAUAUAGGUAUAGGUAUGGGUAUGGACCUGCAGCUUGUAUGUAUAUUUGCACAUAUAUACAAUAAUUGCUUUUCAUUAAGAUCUACAAGUAUAUUGCAGUUGUAUGCUUCCAAAAUGGUUUGCAUGUGUCUCAGAAAAAUAAAAAGUUUGUAUUUGCCACUUUUA